CAUUCGAGGUAAGCACAGCGAACACCCACACCAACUUGAACGGGAGCAUUACCCAAAUCCACCGCAAUGGAAGACUCCAUGAUGUCUCCUCGAAGCCCUGCACUGUCAUGCAGUGUAUGCAAUAGCUUCCUCGAGGCUGUGACGCGCAUGAAAAUCUUCGAUAAUGAAGGCGAGCUUAUCGAAGGUGUCACGUCUCCGUCCUUCGAAUCUUUGCAGUUUCCACUUGGAACCCGAACACAGAUUCUCAAUGAGUCCGAGUGCAAAGAGCACCAGCCUCUCCUUGCAGCCUGCGUUCGCAACGGAGCCAGGGAAACCUUCUCUAGGCUGGAUCUGAGCAUAUAUCGAGGCAGGCUGAGCCUCGAUAUGGAGUAUCUUGAAGACGAUACUCCCUGGGUCAACCAGCCGGCUCAAUUUCUACUACUCGAAAACUCAGGCCGCCAAGGUAUUAGCAUGGGGAGGAGCUUGGAUCGCGACUACAUCGAUCCGCGUUUGGUGCAGCAGUGGAUCGCGGAUUGCGCAGAACACCAUGGAACCAAGUGCUCGGCGAAACUUCUCAAGAUGCAAAGCUCCCUGAAAUACCUCAUCGACUGUGUGGACAUGUGUCUAGUUCCAGCCCCAGAAGCCGCAAGUUAUGUUGCCCUCAGUUAUGUCUGGGGCCAAGUGCCCACGCUCAAGGCCAAGAGGGACAACCUGGAGAAGUUGCAAGAAAAAGGCAUUUUCAAUCGCCUGGAGGGGGAAAUUGCAGCCACCAUUCGUGAUGCCAUGAGACUGGUUCCAAUGCUGGGCGAACGCUACCUCUGGGUGGAUUCUCUCUGCAUUGUUCAAGACGACGAGGACUCCUUACGCCGACACAUCACCCAAAUGGCAUCGAUUUACGAGUAUGCAUCACUUGCAAUUAUUGCAGCAGACGGGAAAGACGCAUCAGCUGGCCUGCCAGGUUUGAGGAAUGUGUCAAAACCGAGGACGCUGCCUCCCAUCUUGAAAUUGACGGAGAAUCUGAGCAUCACUGCUCGGAUGGAGGAUCAACUCCGCAGAGGGCCCCUGACAACCCGGGGUUGGACAAUGCAAGAACAGAUAUUCUCGCGAAGAAAGCUCGUCUUCUUUAAGAACUCGGUGCGGUGGAUCUGCCGGUCGAAUACAUAUUACGAAGACAUCGACACACCGCACGAUCUUGAUUCGAAACUCGUACGAAUCGACGGCGGUGAAGCCCUCCACAGCUUAUCCCCGUUCGACCUCUCUCUCGAUGUUCCAGAUUUAUCGGUUUUCUGCAAUCUCAUAUAUCUCUACACCCAACGCAAGCUUACCUUUGACGAAGACGUGAUAUCAGCCUUUGCCAGCACAUUCUCGUCGAUGAGCGUCGCUUUUCCGCACGGCUUUGUAUACGGACUGCCUGCCGCGUUUUUCGAUGCAGCGCUGCUAUGGCGCUCCCGUGGAAAUCGCCUUGUGCAGCGAGUGUCAUCAAAUGCGGGUGUCCUGUGUCCCCCGAGUUGGACGUGGGCGGGUUGGCAAGGCUAUCUGGAAAUGCACGCUUUUACCUCGGCGUGUUAUAUGAAGAACGGGCCUUUUCAAUGGAGCACAUCGCAUUGGGAACCGUACCAGGCGAUUCCAAUGCUCACAUGGUACACACGAAAUUCAAAGGACGGGCCGCAGCUCCCUCUUCCGUUCCAGAAUAAAUGGUAUGACUACAAGCGUCGGUACAUGGGGAAAGAAGUCGACCUCCCAGAUGGGUGGGUGUUCAGAAGAGAAGACGCCGAGGCGGAGGCCAAGAGAAUUGCGGAGAUAUUGGAAACUCGAGGCCGCUAUCGCAGAUGGGUUGACGACCCAGAGUGUGAGGUUUCGUACCAGCAACUCCAGACGACCUACUACUAUGAACACCCAUCCUGCCCCAAUAUCAAAUUCUGGCAUCCAGUGCCUCUUGGCAUCGACUCUAAGCCAACAGACACCUCUAAACGACCCCCCUCGUACUGGAGAUAUCUCUGCACCCAGACACAACGGGCCAAAUUGUGGGGCUUCAAGCCUCGAUACAACACUACUCUUGACAGGGCACUCUCCUACCAAUAUCCCAACAUGUUCGUGGUACCCAUGUUUGGAAUCUCCCUUGGCGUCACGGCCGUGUUCAGAAAUGAAGAGGGGGACGAGGUUGGCGAGUUGAGUGUUGAUUCUAGAGAGGACCUUGAACAGAUCUAUGAGGUUGAGCAAAGUGGGGUUUUGUGUGACAUCGUGGCAGUCUCCCGCGGUCUGCACUAUCCGGAUCCUCAGCCUGUUGAGCGGGAAACUUGGUCGUUUUAUAAUGUCCUCUGGGUCGUGUGGGAAGACGGCAUUGCAUACCGCAAAGGGGUCGGUAGAGUCAAGAGGAGUGUAUGGGAAGGGCUUCAGAAGGAAGACAUCUCUCUUGUCUUGGGUUAAAUAUCCUUUAAAUCAAGUUGAAUGGCGAUGUUUCUUUAUUAUCUGUGCGUAUGUCGUAAAUGGCUGCAUCGUGUGAUUAGGCGAUCUUGAAUCGACCUCCAAGGGUCACGAAUUUCCUUGGUUAGGCUGAGUUUUUGGGCCGAGAGUUGGCGUAAAAUGGUUCCUAGCCCAGAUAGCGCGCUGGCUUUGAACGCACACGUUAGCCCGGACGACUUUGACGACUUUGACGACUUUGACGACUUUGACGACUUUGACGACUUUGACG